AUGGCAGACUUUUCAGAAAUAUUCAAGCAGUCUGGCUCACACUGCAAAUUCUCUCCAGAUGGAGAACAUUUGGCCAUCGUUCUUGAUCACAGACUAUUUGUCCGAAACACUGAAACCCUGCAGAUUGUUGCUCUCUUUAAAUGCCUCGAUUCAAUUCAGGACAUUGGCUGGUCUUCAGAUUCAGUUUACAUUUUUUGUACAUCGUUUCGUUUAGGAAACAUUCAAGUGUUUAGCUUGACGGAUGAGACUUGGACUGCACAGAUGGAUGAAGGAUUGGCUGGAUGUGUUGCUGUUAGAUGGACACCUGACGCAAGGCACUUGCUCAGUUUUUCGGACUUUCAGCUCAGAAUUACAGUCUGGUCUCUAUGCACAAAAGAUGCAGUGUAUAUCCAAUAUCCAAAAUUUUCAGAUCGAGGGUACUGUUUCAGAAGCGAUGGCAAGUACUUUGCCUUGAUUGAGCGUUCAGAAAACAAAGAUUAUAUUAGCAUUUACGAGUGCUGCGAUUGGACAUUGCUCAAGAGAUGGCCCGUUGCAAGUAGUGAUGUGGAUGGAAUCGCUUGGUCUCCAGAUGGUAGAUUUCUCGCGGCUUGGGAGCCCAAUAUCGAGUAUUGCGUAUAUAUUUAUUAUCCGGAUGGUCGUUUGGUUCACAAAUACUCGGCAUACGAUAGCGGUUUAGGCGUUAAAUCCGUAAAAUGGUCUCCAUCUGGGCAAUUUUUGGCAAUCGGAAGCUACGAUCAAACGUGUCGACUGUUAAACAACUAUACCUGGAACCCACUUGCAGAAUUGUCCCAUCCCGCUAAUCUUAAAUUCCGUGAUAUUGUUGUAUACAAGGAAACCAGUGUAUCAGAAGAUUAUAAAACAAUGUCGCCACCUGUGACUAUUUCUCAAACCAAAAUUGAUCCAGAUAAACCUUUCCCUAAAAUGGGGGUUGGGAUCACUGAAUUUAGUUGCGCUGGUCACUUUCUAGCCACUCGUAAUGAUAAUAUGCCAUCUACACUUUGGAUAUGGGAUAUGACAACUCUACAUCAAAUAGCGCUUAUUCAGCAAACAUCACCUAUUCGAUCUGUCAAGUGGAAUCCACGUCAUUCAGACCGACUAGCAUUUUGCUGUGGUACUGGACUCAUUUAUCUUUGGCAAAGCGAUCUUGGAUGCGAAUCGAUUGAAAUUCCAGCUGUCAGCUUUCAAGUGACGAGCUUUGAGUGGAAUCCUGAUGGCCAGAGUUUGGUACUGAUGGACAAGGACAAGUUUUGCAUUGCGUUUACAAUUGACGAUUAA